AGCGUAUAAAAUGUGCUUGGUGGGCGCACGAACUUAACACAACAACGCCACCACAUUAACUCACAGUUAUCACACAACUUCAUUUCGCCGGCAACCAAACGAUGAGCUCCGGCGACGGAGUAGACGAGUCUUAUCGAUCACUUCCAUCGCUAUAUCUAACCUUCUUGUCAAUCUGGUUCGUCUCAGCUUGUUCAUGGACCGCUUAUACUUACAAAACCCGCCAUUUUCAGUGGAAUAAUUUGCAGUGGGCACUUACUUCGAUUCCAUUGAUUAAAGCAUUGCAGCUCAUGCUAUCCUUCCUCUUCUGGUAUUCAUGCUUCAAUUUUCAGGCAUGCUCUUUGUGGAUGUCAUUUGGUGUAUACGUAACUGGCGUGUUGUUUCAGACAGCUGCUUUUGUUUCCUUUUUGCUCAUUGCUCAUGGUUACUGCAUCAUGUGUGAGCACCUUUCUUUAAAUGAACGCCGUUCAACUGCCGCACUUGCAUGUGUCUUUUACUUAACUCUAGUUGGUUACAAGGCUUCUGUACCAUACUUCACUGUGCUUUUGCUUUUAAAUUAUUUUAUUUCAUUCUAUGUAAUAUUCCACCAUAUAUCCCAAAACCUACUGGUGUUGCGAGAACAAUUGGGCAUUAUAGAAAAUGAGGAUGUUCGAGCAAUGCAUGAUGCUGUGUAUAAAAAGUACAUAAUGUUCAAGAAAUUUCAGGGUGCAAUGCAGAUGGUAGCUAUGGCAGAAACUAUGAUAUAUAUGAACAUUUAUGACUCCUCAGAGAAUUACUGGCUUCGCUUAUUGAUCAGAGAAUGGACGCAAUUUUGCAUCUUUGUGUACAUUGGAUGGAUUUUCAGAUCACAAGAUUUGGCACCACACUUCUCUGUUAUGCCUGCCACAAAGUCUAAAGGCGUGACUCUGGUGCCGCCCAUCUACAGUAUUGAAAUGGAUGCAGCAACCUUUAAAGAAUUUAGCAGUCACGAAUGGCACAUUGGGUUGCCAACGUCCACUCGUCAUGAUGAAUGCUCCAAAAACGAAGUUCUGGUAAUUAUUCAGCAUCCUAGUGCUCAGAGGCCAAGAAAGCUUGAUGCAAUUUCUGAUAGCACCAAUUGCUUUGCUGUGUCAAAUCUCAAUACAAAUUUAUCUUCAUGCCAAACACAACAAACACAACUACCAACAUGAUGAAUUAUACCUGCAUUACUUGCUUAUGCCUUUUUCUUAUAGCUAGUAUAGGCACAAUUGUCUUUUUCCUAUGAUUAGUCUACCAUCAAUUAUUUUUCUUGGUUUAGAAAUCACUAGGUAAGUGCAAAAAAGACUCCUAGUUCCUGCAAUGAAAAAAUGGUGCAGAAUUAAAUAGUACUGUACAGUACAACCACCAUGGAUAGUAAAUUGAAGCCGUGUUGAAUAGCUCAUAUUACGAAUUUUGCAAAUGGAACUUAAAACAUAAAUUCAAAAUAUGAGUCAUUUGAUCUUCGUUUAAUGACUUUAAUUUACCAAUCUUGUUAACUGUACUAUUUUUUAACCACAGAAAAUCCUAAUUUGGUGCAAAACAGUGAGUUAUAGCUUGUAAGUUGUGCGUAGCACAGUUUCAGAUUAGAGGUAGCUGCAAAUAUGUAUCAAUACAUUAUUAUCAAAGGAAUUCUUAGUGUGCAUAUUCUUGAUUUCA